AUUUAUGCGCCAGAAAGCCCUGCGGACCCGUUCUUAUUUUCCUUAAGAAUUCAGGGAAGUCAACCGCAAUUAAUUAAGCUUCCAUGACUAUACUCUUAAAAAAGUUAAAAACGUGCCUGGUGGUGGAGUAGGGCACAGGUUUUGAGGAGUCCGUGUACGAACUAUGAAUCAAGGAAGCAGCUCACUGCAGAUGCCGAAGCAAAGGUUGGAGGGGAAGGUGGCUCUCGUCACCGGAGCUGCCAGUGGAAUCGGGGAAGAGACUGUGCGACUGUUCGCUGAUAACGGUGCCUUCGUUGUAGCAGCAGACCUUCAAGACGAACUGGGUCUUCAAGUCACGGCUUCCAUAGGCUCCAAGAGAGUGAGUUACCAUCACUGCGAUGUCAGAGAUGAACAGCAGGUCGAGGAAACAGUAAAUUACGCCCUGCAAAAAUAUGGCAGCCUAGAUAUCCUGUUCAGCAACGCCGGAGUACUUGGCUCACUAUCCGGCAUCCUCGAUCUUGAUCUGAAUGAGUUCGACAGCACCAUAGCCACAAAUGUUCGUGGCGUGGCCGCAACGAUCAAACAUGCUGCUCGUACUAUGGUCGCGAGGAACAUCCGCGGAUCUAUCAUUUGCACCGCCAGCGUGGCGGCUUGUGUCGGAGGAACGGGGCCUCAAGCUUACACCGUAUCGAAGCAUGCUCUUGUCGGACUGGUACGAUCCGCGUGUAGCGAGCUUGGGGCUUAUGGGAUUAGAGUGAACUGUGUGUCCCCUUUUGGAGUUGCCACGCCUCUUGCAUGUUCGACCUUCAAUCUUGAACCUCAUCAAGUUGAAGCUAAUAGCUCUUCCAAGGCUAAUCUCAAGGGGAUCGUGUUAAAGGCGAGGCAUGUUGCAGAAGCAGCUUUGUUUCUUGCUUCUGAUGAUUCUGUUUACGUCAGUGGACACAACUUGGUGGUUGACGGUGGCUUCUCCGUGGUUAAAAAUAGUUUUUCUCCCAUCUAAUUUUUUCUAUGCCUUCUCAAGAAGGCAAUAAUAUACCAUCAAUCAGAUGACUUCUUUCUAUUCUCUUUCAAGUUGGGACCAAAUUACCUAAUUUUUUGCGUCUCAAUAGUCACUGCUGCCACUUCCCAUGUGCAUUUCCUCCUGAAUAUUAAUGAAUUACGUGUUGUCUCUCCUUUUC